AUGCACAACUACGCGAGAGUAAACCACAUAGACCUUGAGCAAGACCUCACGGUGGACGAGUACUACUCGGUGAAGUCCGGGCUAAGAAUAAUUCUAAGCAAAAUCAAGAGCCCCAAAAUAUAUGGCUACUUCACCCUACUGACGGAGGCAGAAAAUGACGAGGGGUUGCCACACACCCUGGAGCAUCUGAUAUUUUUGGGAAGCCACAAGUACCCAUACAAAGGUCUCCUGGACUCAUUAGCAUAUAAAUGUCUAUCCGAAGGAACCAAUGCCUGGACCUCAAUCGAUCACACAUGCUACACGAUAGAGACCUUUGGCAUGGAAGGAUUUAAUGAUAUGUUUUUAUCAGAAGUACAUCACAUAUAUGAAAAUGGAACACAUAACGGAGUGGUUUAUUCAGAAAUGAAAUCUAUAGAAAAUAAUUGUGAAAAUAUUAUCGAGAGGACAGUUAUUAUGAACCUAUAUCCAAAUGAGAAGAGUGGAUAUAGGUUCGAGACAGGUGGUACUUUGGAUGGGUUGAGAAAAACAAAUAAUGAUCGCGUUAGGGAAUACUUCAAGAAAUUUUAUACCCUAGAUAACUUUGCCAUUAUAAUUUUUGGAAAUUUUAACAAUGACGAUAUUUUGAAUAUCAUUCACGAGUUCGAGCAGUACCACUUGGAGUUGAACCCGGCGCAGGUCCGGGGCGGGGCGGACGCGGCAAAGGCGGAGGCGGUAAAGGCGGAAGCGGUAAAGGCGGACACGGUAAAGACGGACACGGCGGACGCGGCAAAGGCGGACACGGCGGACGCGGCGGACGCGGCAACGGCGGAGCAACUGUUCAUAAGGCACAUGCAAAGCCCCAAGAGACCCUGGAGCGAAGAGUGCAACGUCGAAAGGAGGAGCGACUCCAGAAUUGUAAAAAAGUAUUACCCGUGCAAUAACCUGAACAACGGCCAGGUGUGCAUCGCGUGGAGGGGGUGCGACUGGGCCGACUUCCACACCAAGCUGGCCAUAUCCCUACUGGGGAACUACCUCACCGACUUGACCACCUCCCCCGUGAGCAAGCGCCUACUGGAGGAUAAGGAAAACACGUACUGCAGCAGCCUGGACUUCGCCCUGGAGGACUUGAAAGGCAAUUACUUCACCAUCGACAUUUACGACGUGGUGUACAAGUUUAGGGUGGCCAGCGGGGCGGACAGGCAGCCACAAACGGGGCAGCAACAAGCGGAGCAGCAACAAGCGGAGCAGCAACAGAGGGAGGAGCAACAGACGGAGCAGCAACAGACGGAGCAGCAACAGAGGGAGGAGCAACAGACGGAGCAGCAACAGACGGAGCAGCAACAGACGGAGCAGCAACAGAGGGAGGAGCAACAAACGGAGCAGCAACAGAGGGAGGAACAACAGACAGAACAACCGCGCACGGAGCAGAGACAGACAGAACAACCGCUCCCGGAGCAACCGCUCCCGGAGCAACCGCAACAGCCGCAGGGGAAGUCGCCCAGGGUGUACGACCCCAAGAUGAACGAGGUAGGGGAAAUAACGCGCAAGUGCCUGCAGCAGGUCCUGGAAGAGCCGCUCAACAUGGACCGCCUGAAGAAUAUCAUUGUCCGGUCCUACUUGCAGCACCUCAAAGACCUGGAGGCAGCCCCACAGUACCUCCUAAACGAAUUUAUCAUAAAAUAUUUUAUCUAUGGAAAGGAGAAAGAGGACCUUAACAACUGCCUGAAUUUGAAAAAGGCAUACGUGGAUUUAUUGGGAGAAAAGGAGGAAUAUUGGAAGGAGGUGCUGAAGAAAUUCUUCGUGGAAAAUAACUACGUGGAGGUGAGGUGCUACCCCAGUUACAAAAAGGCCAAGCAGAUUGAACUCUUCGAACGAAACCUAAUCGAAAGUGAACAGAAGAAAUAUGGGAAGGAGAAGCUUCAGGAUAUGGCUAAGCACAUUAGGAAAAUAAAGGAGAGCUUUGAGAAGAAGCCUCCCAAGAGCUCUCUCAAUGUGGUGGACUCUGCCAAGCCGCAGAACGUGCUAAUUGAGGGUCUCACGGUGUUCCGUAACUUCGAGCUUUUGCAAAAGGGGGAGGGGAAAACAGACACCUCGUUGGAAGUUUCGGAGAGUGAUACAGACACCUCCCAUGAUGUGUCCUGUGAAAACGCCAAGCUGUUGAACUCCCUCGAAGGGGAUCUCAAGAGAGUGAUUUUCCCAAUUCAGCUGAGCCAUAUUCCAUCCAAUUUCGUAUCCAUAAAUGUGCUAAUAAACUCGAUCAACGUAGACGAGGAGUUAAAGAAGUAUAUUCCCCUAUUGAGUUACCUCCUUUUCGAAACAGACGUAGAGGUGAACGGGACCAACGUAAAGUGUGAGUUGUUCACGGAGGAACUCAUUAGACACACAAUCAACUACUGUUGUAACUACGGACUGGGAGGAAAUGCAAAAAAUUUCAGAGCAGGUAGCUUAGGAAAUAUACUUUGUAUACAGAUUGUAGGUCUGUACGAGCAUUAUGAGAAAUUAUUUGAUCUCCUUUUUCUGUCCAUCUUUAAAAUGAGCUUAACUAUAGAGAGAAUGGAAAUCAUCCUCAAAUCAGCCUACCAAAAUUUGUUGCAAAAAAAAACGAAACCAAAGACGUUGGUAAUUAAUAUGGAAUACGCUCUUCGCUACCUGAAGAGUAGCACCUCGGGUAUUGUUUCUAUUGGACAACAAGAAAUGAUUCUUGAGCUAAUUGAGGAUAAGAACAACUUGUCGGAGUUGUACGAUAAGGUUAACACUUUGAAGGGGCAGCUCUUCGAUUUAAAUAACUUCGUCAUCGCCAUUGAUGCGAAUUUUUGCAAAAUUACGAAUGUUUUUUCGUGGUACGAUCGCUGGUUUAGGAUUCCCUCUCCUGGGGAGCAAAGCGCUGCCUCAUCAGAACUGCAUAAAAGGAACUACGCGGUGAAUGCCCCAGUCACGGAAUUCACGUUCAACCAGGCGGGCGCCGCCAACCCUGCGAAUGUCGCCAACCCUGCAAACGCCGGCAACCCUACGAACGCCGCCAACCCUACGAACGCCGCCAACCCCACGAACGCCGCCAACCCUACGAAUGCCGCCAACCCCAUAAAUGCCGCCAACCCCGCGAAUGCCGCCAACCCUACAAACGCCGCGCCGGGGGAGAAGAAGCCUGACUGCUAUUUCGACAUGGCCAUCGGCAGCGGCGCGGAGUCGAAAGGAGAAACGAAGGGAAGUACCCCCCAGGAUGGAGAAAAUAACCCACAAAUGUGUGAAACGAGUAAGCAGAAGAGUGUCGACAAGUAUAUAUGCCUAGGCCCCAGUGUGCAUAAAAGCUUAAAGGAGUACCUAAACGCCGAGCUCGAAAUGGAGGACAAAAAUUUCAAACUCAAUUUGGUGAAAGAGAAAGCAUACAAUGGAGUCCUGUGCGGACUUAAGAGCACGGAUGUUUCUUACCUGAAGCUGACUGUUAAGGUACCCGCAGGAUAUGAACACGACGAUUAUUGUGCACUCUUGCUCCUACGUGAAUUUUUCUGCAUGACAGAAGGACCACUCUACAAUAGCAUUCGAGGAGGAGGAUUCGCAUAUGAAUGUGCACUGGAUUUUAACUCUAUCCAUGGAGAGCUAAGCUUACGUAUUUUUAGAUCAAGUGAUAUAAUUAGCGCCCUGAAAGAAGCAUUACACAUUUUUGAUUACUACUGUAAAAAUGAAAUGAAGGAGGAAGAAAUUUCACUCGCGAAGAGCAGUGCUUACUACACCAUAUUCAACAAUCAAGAAACUGUAUCGGAUAGAGCCUCGCAAACUAUUUUCUUGAGUAUAAAAAAUUUGCCGUUAAAUUUUUAUGACAAUUUGUUAAGGAAAAUUGAAAAUAUGACGACGAAAGAUCUCCAGGUUAUUUGCAACAAGUAUCUGUCUCGAAUUGUAAAUUUCAAAAUUGACAGGAGUAAUGCACUUAUCGGUUCUACUCUCUGUAUCGUAUGCUGCUCCGAUAGGAUAGAGGAGAUCCUUGGCAGCCUUAGGAAGGACGUUAAGGUGGGCCCCAUAUGCUCUCUCAGCGUCGCGCAGCUUUUCCACUUUUUGAAGGACUACGACAUGGCCGCGGCGCUUGGCACGGGGGGGGCCACGGUCGACAUGAUUAGCGGGGCGGCGGUCGAUCAGCUUGGCGGGGCGCCGGUCGAUAUGAUUCGCCGUGCAGUGGCCAGGCCCGUCUGCUCCGCCAACGUGGACGACGAUGAGGAUGACGAUGACGACGAGGAUGACGAUGAUGAUUAUGGCGAUGAUGGUUAUGGCGAUGGUGGCUAUGGCGAUGGUGGUAGCCCUGUUGGGGGGGACGACUACUCCGCUUCGUCCGCCGACUCCACCUGCUCCGUGUUGUCCGAGGACGAUAGCUACCCGGGGUACUCCGAGGGGUAG